AUGUCGUCUGCAACCUCACAACGCCGGCGGCGGAGCAUCCCGGCAACGCCGCGUGUUAUCUCCCCAAGCCCCACGCCAUCUGAACGGCAAGGCUCACAGGAACUUGAAGGCGACGCCUCGUACAAUGGACCGAUGACACGGUCUGCUAGGAAAAGACUGUCGACUCCUCAACCUGUCGAGGAAGAGUCGUAUGAUGAAGACGAGACAAAUUCCGGCGAUAAGACGGCAGAAGGAGAGAGAAGAGGAGCUGGCCGAGGCAGCAAAACCGCUGCAGCGGAGAGCAGCGACAGCAGUGGAUCCGAACACCGUCGUGCUCGGACACGGAGCCGCAGCCCAAUCAUCACUCGAAGGUUGGGUGAGCUCACUCCUGUCAACGGUGGAAACAGCUCUAAGAAGGGCGCAUCUGCAAGUGGAAGCGGCUCAUCGUCGAAGAGCAGUAAGACAGUAUCAUUGACAAACGGCAAGUCGUCGGAAACCCCAAAAAACGGCCACCUGCGGCCGCCGCCACUGAAUGGCGUUCCGACUACUGGCAACUGGUGGCGUGAAUUCAGCCGGAGUCCUAGCCCGCUUGGUCUGAUCCCCAUCCACCGGCACUGGCGGUCGUUUGUGCACAAGCAUGAGGUGCCACGGAAGCUACUCCACGUGUCCAUCGGCUUUCUGGUUAUGUGGCUUUAUGCGUCGGGCACGCAGACUCGCUCGGUGUGCCCCUACCUGAUGGGUGCGCUGAUUCCCAUUGCUAGCGUCGAUCUGCUUCGGCACCGUUACGCACCGUUCAACCGGCUGUAUGUGCGACUACUGGGCGCCCUGAUGCGCGAGAGCGAGUUCGACGGAUACAACGGUGUCAUCUUUUACCUUCUUGGUGCUUGGACCGUGCUGUACACCCUGCCCAAGGAUGUCGGCGUUAUAAGCGUCUUGUUACUGAGCUGGUGUGACACGGCAGCCAGCACAUUCGGCCGCAUGUAUGGCCGCUACACGCCACGACUGCGUCGCGGCAAGUCGCUUGCCGGCUCGACGGCCGCGUUCCUGGUCGGUGUGGCCACCUCCGCGUGGUUCUGGGGCUGGUUCUCCCAGACAAUUGGGCCAAUGCCCGGCGACGACGACUUUAUGUUCAAGGGUACCCUCAGCCUGCCUUCCUCGGCCGUUUCAUAUCUCGGCUGGGACGAGUCCGCCAAAACGACCAUCUCGGGCGCCCUGGCGCUCGGCGUGGUGAGCCUGUGGUCGGGCUUUGUUGCAUCGGCCAGCGAGGUGGUGGAUAUCUUCGGUUGGGACGACAACCUGACGAUUCCUGUGCUGAGCGGCCUGGGCAUCUGGGCUUUCCUGAAGGUGUUUGGUUAA